UUCCUCCUGCGGCCAUCGCUGCGUCGUAGCCGCCAAAAUGAAGUUCAAUCCCUUUGUGACUUCGGACCGAAGCAAGAACCGCAAACAGCAUUUCAAUGUACCUUCUCACAUUCGGAGGAAGAUCAUGUCUUCCCCCCUUUCCAAAGAGCUGAGGCAGAAGUACAAUGUUCGGUCUAUGCCCAUUCGAAAGGACGAUGAAGUUCAGGUUGUCCGAGGACACUACAAAGGCCAGCAGAUUGGCAAAGUGGUCCAAGUGUCCAGGAAGAAAUACGUCAUCUACAUCGAACGAAGAGAAUCUGUGGGGCCCCACAUGGUGAAAAUAGACCUAAAUUUAGACUCAGGCCUGGGGAUGCAGGCCUGCAAUCCCAACUACUCAGGAGGUUGA